AUGGCCACAGAGUGGGUUCAGGCUGGAAUAGGUGGCUCCAAUUCAGUAUUUAGGAAACUGGAAUUGAACUACAAGGAAUUGAAGUUUGUAUUUCCCAGUGCAGAAAGAAUCAAUCGUGGUGGUCGGGUUAUUUCUGAAAUUAUUGAAAGUUGCUGCACACAUGAUUAUACAGAUAUCAUUUUGUUUCAAGAGCAUCAUGGUGUGCCUGAUGGUUUAAUUAUAAGCCAUUUGCCUUUUGGUCCAACUGCUUACUUUGGAUUGCUCAAUGUCGUUGGAUCAUUGUCUCAAUCCUUGAGGGAUACUUCCAUCUAUGAAGUUGAGAAGAAUGGAUCAGAGCGAAAUCCAAAUUGA